AUGAGAUCAUUAGCGGCAGCCAUUACUCUGGCUAUGUCUAUGAUUACCCCUGCUAUUUCCGUUGCACUCUAUGGACAGUGUGGAGGCACAAACUACUCAGGCGAUACUCUGUGCGAUUCUGGCUCGACCUGCCAAUAUAUGAACGAUUAUUACUCUCAGUGUGUGGCCAGCUCUGAUGCCAGCUCUGUGGCCAGUUCCAUCGGCACUUCAUCGACCACUACUGUUGCUCAGUGCUCUGCUCCCGCUACCAGCUCCUCUUCGGUUGAUUCUUCUACGACGAACGCUAGCUCCUCCACAGCUGUUGCCGUCUCUUCAUCUUCCGCAGCUGCUGCCGCAUCAUCCGCUGCUUCCUCCUCUUCAUCCGUCAUCAGUGUCUCCACGUCUUCUGUCUCUUCGACCUCGGCUGUGACCAGCUCCGCAGCGGUUGCCUCAUCGUCCAUCGCUCUUGCUGCAAGUUCUGCCGCCGCUACCUCGACCAGUGGAAGCGCGGCUACUACCACUAGCUCGGCGUCUUCUCCUUCGACUAGUUCCAACAGUGUCUGCUCCGGCUCCACCACCAAGUUUGACUACUUUGGUGUGAACGAGUCCGGCGCCGAGUUCGGAACGGCUAUUCCUGGUGUCUACGGAACCGAUUUCAUCUUCCCCGAGACUACAAGCAUCGACUACUUUACCAACCUCGGCUUCAACACGUUUCGAGUUCCGUUCUUGAUGGAGCGUAUGGCCCCUCCUUCUACCGGUAUAACCGGUGCCUUUGAUGACGCCUACCUGGCCAACUUGACCUCUAUCGUGAACUACAUUACCGAUGCUGGCGCGUACGCCGUCAUUGAGCCGCACAACUACAUGAGGUACGACAGCGCCGUCAUCACUAGUACCGACGACUUCCAGACCUUCUGGACGAACAUGGCUGGACAGUUUGCUGACAACAGCAAUGUCGUCUUCGAUCUCAUGAACGAACCCCAUGACAUCGAGGCUGAGACUGUUUUUGAGUUGAUGCAAGCUGGUCUCAACGGUGUUCGUGCUAGCGGUGCUACUACGCAGAUGGUCUUAGUUGAGGGUACCUCUUACACUGGUGCAUGGACUUGGACCUCGUCUGGUAACGGAGACGCCUUCGCAGAUAUACAGGACCCCAAUGACAAUGUCGCCAUUGAGAUGCACCAAUACCUAGACUCCGAUGGCUCCGGCACUUCUGAGACUUGUGUUUCCACAACCAUCGGCGCUGAGCGUCUCGCGGACGCUACGACCUGGUUGCAAGAGAACAAUAUGAAGGGCCUUCUCGGUGAGAUUGGUGCUGGGUCAAAUGCCGACUGUAUCGCCGCUGUCCAGGGCGCUCUUUGUGCCUUGGCCGAGUCUGAUGGAGCUUGGAUCGGAGCUUUGUGGUGGGCCGCUGGUCCAUGGUGGGGAGAUUAUUUCACCUCCAUCGAGCCCUCCGACGGCGCUGCCAUCGCCGACAUCCUCCCCCAAGCUCUCGAGCCUUUCCUGUAA